AUGACUUCAUCUUGUGUUUUAGUUAAAGAAAAACUACCACCACAAAAAAGACAGAACACCACUCAAACAACUGAACAAGAAGCCGCCGCUGAAAGUUCUAAUAUUACACAACCUCCUGUUGUCACUAUGGAAGUUGACCAAACAUCCGACACUACACCUUUGCCCCUUGAUAAAGGGAAAACUAAACCAUAA